UUAAAUGCCUUUAUACUAUAAACUUUGUUAUAGUUGGUUUAGUGAUGUAGCAACAGAGAUCAAAUCGCCAUUUCUUAUGCGUUGCUUGGUAAAGUUGCAUCAUAAAGCUAAAUGACGAACUGAGGGGCGGAGAACGACGGGUUUCCUCACACGACACCAGCGCACGGGCAGCGUCGUUUCCAUGACAACAGCGGCAAACAAUUCGCAAGGACCUUUACACAGUAAUUCUUUAAGAAGCAGCAGCUCUCCGAACCGGUGUGCAGUUCCGGGUGUACAAACACGGAUUCCGCUGGAGACGAGGUAGGUAGGCAGGCAGAGUGAUGUCGGAGGCAGAGGAUGACGAGUUCAUACUUGAGGAGUCUGAGUUCGAGGACGCUGAAAAGGAGGAGGAGCGAAAGGCCAUUUUAGAGCAAAAGAAGAAUGUGCCUUGUCCGCUUACUCAGGACAUGAUAACAGAAAGCCUGUCGCUCUUGUGUAAGACUGGAAAUGGUCUGGGUCACGCUUUUGUCAAGCUGGAUCUGAGAAACAGGAAUCUGACGGAGAUUGGUCUGCUCGGCAGCUUUGUCCACCUUCGAUUCCUUGACGUCUCCUCCAACCGCCUCACAGACCUCUCCUCAUUGGCGCCACUCACGCAGCUGCUCUGGCUAAAGGUGGAUAGGAACCUGGUGCAGAGUUUGAAAGACCAACCUGUGAGCCAGCUGGCCUAUCUACAGUGGCUUAGCCUGGCCCAGAACUGCAUCCAAAACACAGAGGGCCUUGGAGGACCUGCCCUGGAGAGUCUCACUCUCACUGGUAACAAAAUCCAGCGUGUAUCGGGACUGGACAGCAGCAGGUUGACCAGUCUGGUGGCCCUAGAACUGCGGGGAAAUCAGCUGGAAACCACACAUGGCAUCUACCUGCCAAACCUGCGCAGGCUCUAUCUGGGAAGAAAUAGGAUCAAGAGGCUGGACGGCCUGGAGUAUCUGGAGAGUCUAACAACUCUGCACCUGCGAGACAACCAGCUGGAGACCCUGGAUGGCAUAAAUUCUAACAUGAAGUCUUUGCAGUACCUGAAUGUGAGGAAUAACAAGGUGUUCUCCCCAGAUGCCCUAAGCAGCCUGGCGGCGGUGUCCACAACGUUGCAGGUGCUGAUCCUGACGGGGAAUCCGGUCACCGAGGGGGAGGACUACCGCAUUUCUGUCCUCAAACUCCUGCCACAGCUGGAGCGGUUGGACAAGCAGGCCAUCACAGAGGACGAGAAGGCAGAGGUUCAGGAGAGGCUCCUGGAAAUCGAAGGUGAUGACGGUGCGGACUAAAGUUAGUCCCGGAUUGGUGCCACGUUAUAACCCGCCACAUCACUUUCUCCAGUUUUCCUCCCAGAGCUGCACCCUCACCUGGAAACAUUUGCAGGCUUCUUGAUCACAUUUAUGAUAUUUAUUCCAAUAAAGAAUUUGUGGAGAGCUUGUGUUUUGAUAUCACGAAGGUUAAUCUGCUGUAUGAAUCUGAAAGCACGCAACGUGUUUGUACAGUUAAGGCUAUUUAGUU